UUUAAAGUUGAGAAGUUAAUUAAAUCAGUUUGGAUUAAGAUGCAAAAGGCUCUUGAUAUUUUUGUUAUAUGUUUCUUGCUCUUAUUUGGUGUUCUUAGUGUUGAGGGUCAUAGUGUUGGAGCAAUCUUGAACUAUGGUUCUCGUUCGGGAAGAGAAGAGAAAGUGGCAAUGGAGACGGCCAUUGAAGAUAUCAACAACCUCACAAAUCAAGGAUUGGUCCUACAUACAAUGGACUCUAGUGGAGAUCCUUUGCUAGCUGCCUCUGCAGCAAUGACUAUGAUCAAUGAGCAUCAUGCUAAAGCACUCAUAGGACUAGCAACAUGGCAAGAAGCAUCAUUUGUUGCAGAGCUUGGAACAAGAGCACAAGUACCAGUUCUCUCAUUCAUUGGAACCUACCCUCCUGCAGCUACAGGCCGGUGUCCUUUCUUAGUCCCUCUUGCUCACAGCCAAGUCCUUCAGGUGAAAGCAAUCGCAGCAAUUAUUCGAUCAUGGUCUUGGAAGAAAGUGUCCUUAAUUUACGAAGAUGUUGAAUACACAGCAACUACCAUUAUUCCUUAUCUUGCAGAUGCACUUGGAGAUACCGAUAUCUACUCUAGAGUGGCUCUAUCAUCUUAUGAAUCUUCUUUCUCUGAAGAAUUAGAAAUGCUUCGGUGUAGGCAAUCCAGAGUCUUUGUCAUCCACACUUCAAUCCAGUUGGCUACUCGGUUGUUCGCAGAGGCAUACAAGAACGGGAUGAUGAGUGAUGGUUAUGUAUGGAUUACAACUGAUGCAAUUACUAGUAAACUAGACCAUGUGAAUUCUUCAGUCAUUACUUCAAUGCAGGGAGUCUUAGGUGUUAAGAACUACUUCAAACCAAGUGCUCAGACUAGUGAUUUUAUUAAGAGAUUUCAAAGAAGGUACCAUUCGGAGUAUCCUAAAGAAAAGAGGAGAGAACCCCAAGUAUCUUCAUUCACAGCAUAUGAUACAAUAUGGGCAAUUGCAAAAGCUAUGAACAAAACCAAUGUGAGUGAAGAACUCAAGAAAGUGCAGAACAACUCUGUUAAUGGUCCAUUAUUUGUUGAAAUCUCUAAAGAGGGCUGGUCUUUAUUGGAUGGCAUCAAACGAAGUAAUUUUACAGGAUUAAAUGGUGAAUUUAUCUUUAAAGACGGUAAAUUUUCUCUUGUAAAUGCAUUUCAAAUUGUCAAUGUGGUUGGGAAGAGUUAUAGAGAGUUAGGCUUCUGGUUACCGGAUUGUGGGUUUUCAAAAAAUUUGGAGAGCAAAGAUGGUAAUGAAACAUCAAUGAAGAACUUAGGACAGGUGUAUUGGCCUGGAGGACCAUGGUCUGUUCCUAAGGGAUGGGUAUCCCCUACAAGUAACAAACCAUUAAAAGUUGCAGUGCCUGCUAAAGCUGUAUUUCCUGAGUUUGUGACAGUGAAGAAAGGAAGUGAUAACAAAACAUUGGCAGAAGGGUUCUCGAUCAAUGUAUUCAAGAAAGUCUUAGAACAACUAUCAUAUCCCUUACCUGAUGAUUUCAUUCCUUUCAAUUGCUCAUAUGACAGUUUUCUUGAAGAUGACCAAAUGCAGAAUUAUGAUAUUCUCGUUGGUGAUACAUCAAUCUCAUCUGGUCGAUAUAACUUUGUCGAAUUCUCACAACCUUACACAGCCUCAGGUCUGGUGUUGGUGGUGCCAGUGAAAUCAGAUUUAACAGACAAAGCAUGGAUAUUCUUGAAACCAUUCAGAGGUUCAAUGUGGGCAUUAACUGCAAUUGUGAGCAUAUACAAUGGUAUGGUUGUUUGGAUGAUUGAAAGAAGUUGCAAUAUGGACUUCCGAGGCUCCUUUUGGAAUCAAUCUGCUGCAUUAUUCUGGUUAUCCUUCACUACAUUGUUGUCCCCAGGUGAGAAGCUUCACAGCAAUUUAUCAAGGUUGGCAAUGGUGGUGUGGCUCUUUGCUGCAUUAGUGUUAACAUCAAACUAUACGGCUACACUGAGCUCAAUGCUCACCGUUCACCGUCUAGAGCCAAGCCUUGUGAAUGUAGAUUCAUUGAAGAGCAGCAAUGCUGUUGUUGGUUGCAACAAUGGCUCAGUGGUUGGUAAAUACCUCGAAACGGCGUUAGGAUUUCAGCAUAAAAACAUCAAGCUAUUUAGCUCAGGGGAUGACUACUAUCAAGCACUCAAAAAUGGCAGUAUUCAGGCUGCUUUUCUCAGAACUCCCUAUGCAAACUUACUUCUCUCCAAGUACUGCACGGAGCUCAUUUCCACUGGUCCAAUCUUUCAUGUUGGAGGUUUAGGAUUUGUUUUCCCAAAGGGUUCCCUUCUGUUGUCGGACUUUUCAGAAGCAAUUCUUAAGAUUUUUGAAAAUGGGAAGCUUGAAGAGCUAGAAAAGGCUAUGCGCGCUAAUUACAGUUGUUCUGGUGUGGGAGUGAAUGCUACUGAUGUAGAUGGGUUGAGUCCUGAAAAUUUCUGGGGACUUUUUCUUGUAACUGUUGGCAUUUCCACAAUUGCUUUAGUUGUGUAUGGUCUUUGUCUCCAUAAAAAUGAAUUGAAAUGUCCAGGAAAAUCAACGGAGGAGGCGAAGAACAAAGCAGUUGAAUUUGUUUCUGGUGCAGGUGAUGAUAAGCAAAGAAAUGAGGUUCAUCCAAAUGAAUGGUGAUGCAAGACACAUGACAGUAGGUUUGUGCAUUUGGAAAGAGUAUAUAUGUUAAAAGUGUCAUUUUUUAUUGUUUACAACUUCUCCAUUUUGUGAUUUGUUUAUAGAAUGUAAGUAGUAGACUUGUUUUAAUAAAUAAAAUUUUUUUAUUAUCCUUA